CUGCUGGCCGUUCAGCGAUUCCCACUGUCUCCCAGUUCGAUUGUGCAGUUCCAUGUGGUAGGGUUAGGAUAGCGUAUCGCCACAAUGAGCCAACUAAAAUUACCACCCUACCAGAAGCGUAAGACUUCCGCCACCAAGCGACCGACCACCCUGAACGUCGGUGGACCGGCUGGCAGCCAGGGUAAGAAGUCACCGCUCGGGUAUGGUAUGCAGAAUGCGGACGAAUGUCCAACGCUUCCGGACGGCUUUCUACCGCUGCCCUGCCAGGUAGCGGGACACGCCUUUCACAAGGGAACCAAUUCGCUAGGUUUGCUAAAAAGUGUUGACGACGGUUCGGUACUGAAACCGGUCGCCAAGCUUCUGGCCGGUCAGCGUGAAAUCAAGUUCUACGAGCAGAUCACGAAUGCGUCCGCCCGCGAGCUUGUGGUGUUGCGCGAGCUAACGCCUCAGUACCGCGGCCACCAGAAGCUACCGAUCGGGGGUGAGUUGAUCGAUUUUCUCAAGCUAGAAGAUCUUACCCACGGUAUGCUGGAACCGUGCAUUAUGGAUGUAAAAAUUGGCCGCCGCUCGUGGGAUCCGUUGGCGACGGAGGAGAAGCGACUGUACGAAGCAUCCAAGUACGUCGAAAGUCGGGAAGCGUACGGGUUCUGCAUACCGGGCUUUCAGUUUUACUCGCUGCAAACGGGCCGGUUGCAGCGGUACGGCAAAGAGUACGGAAAGAAGCUUACCGAGGUGACGGUGAAGGAUGCGGUACGACGGUUUCUGAACGCGGACGUCGGCCUCUGUCGUCAGCAGUUGAUACAGCUUCUAACCGACCUUUGGAACAUCCAGAGGUGGGCCCGAACGCAAACAUCGUUCCGGUUGUACGCUAGCUCGGUACUGCUGGUGUACGAUGCGCGCCGGUUGAAGCCGGUUCUGCAGCACGCGGGAAAGCGAACACCACACACACCGAGCACACCGACGGGUACGGGUAGCGGGGCCAGCACACCCGGCACUCCGGUCUUCUGCACCACUUCCGUCAACGAGCUGGGCGAUGUGGAACCGCUGCAACACUACUUCAAGAUACAGCGAAGCCACUCCGCCAAUCACAACUACGAAGAGGACAUUAAAGUAAUGAAGGAAAACUAUACCUUCAUGCUGGACAAUCUCGUCGGUUCGUACGAGGACAAGGUCUGGGCCAAGGCGCGCAUGAUCGACUUUGCGCACACGUUCACGCAGCCUUCGACCACCGAGUCACCGCCGUCCGUCGAUCGUAACUAUCUCGCCGGUAUCGACAGUCUGGUGAAGCUGUUCGAGGAUCUGCUCAAGGACUGUGAAAUACAAAACUCACCCCGACAGGGAGUGGCUUGAUGGGAAUGUCGCUGCAAACGAAAAAAGAAACGGAACGGAACUGGUUCAUUUGCUGAAAGGAACGGUACAUGGAGCUGGGAUGCAAAAGAACUUAUUUUGUAAGUAUCGUAUUAGGGUAAAAGACUCGAGAAGGCCCCACCCUUAGAAUCUUUUGUGUGCAGCACUGUGGUUUGUCAUUUUUAUUGCACAGUGGGAUUUUGUAUGGUCAUUACUCGUUUCAUAUACAUUGUGCAUUGUUCCUUAAUACUGUUACUGGACAGCGAGUAGAGCAAGAUAAUGUGGCAGCCGUAUCCAUUUGUGCACCGUACUGUACCUCACGAUACACGACACGAUACACGACACGAUGCAUGAUACACGACAGGAUACACGAUACACGAUACACGCUACACACUACGCGCUAAAUCUAACACUAAUACAAAUUCAUAAUUGUAAGGUAACGGUAAUUGUAAUAAAAUAGUUUUAGUCUUAUCUCGUAUCUCGAACCGAUCGGUCUUAAAACGCUCAACUUAAAACGAAAGAAAUCGCGCCAAAGU